AAGACUAAAGAGAAGAAAUUGCUGCUAAGCUACACAAUCAUUAUUAGCUCAUUACUUCUCCUGCAAUGGCUACCACACCAAAUCAUUUCUUUUUAUAUGCAAUGCUCAUACUUAUAUUCAUAUUCGCAUCUCCGGAUUUCACAGCUGCACAAAUCGGAGUGUGUUACGGAACAAACGGCCAAGGAUUGCCUCCUCCACCAGAUGUGGUGGCUCUAUUCAAGCAAUACAACAUUAAAAGAAUGCGAAUUUACGAUCCUGACCCCGCCAUCCUCCAAGCUCUCCGCGGCUCCGACAUCGAGCUCACCCUCGGAAUCCUAAACAUGAAUCUCCAAGAGAUCGCCGCCAGCAUAGACACCGCCAAUUCCUGGGUCCAAAACAAUGUACGCAACUACGGCGACGUCCGCUUCAGAAACAUCAUCGUCGGAAACGAAGUCAACCCCAACAAUCCAGGUACCUCUCAGUACGCAGAUUUACUCCUCCCUGCCAUGCGCAACAUCCGCGAUGCCCUCAACGCCGCCGGCCUAGACCAGGUCAAGGUAACCACGGCCAUCGAGACCGAGGUCUUGGAUCCUACUCCUAGCAAAAACUUUCCACCGAGUCAGGGGGAAUUCCGGCCUGAGUUGAAGCCGUUUCUUGACCCCAUCGUGGCGUUUCUAGUCGACACCGGCGCUCCUUUGUUCGCCAACAUAUACCCUUACUUCGCCUACGUCAAUAACAAGCAGAUAGACUUCAAUUAUGCUUUUCUGCAGCCGAAUAGCGGGAUCAUGGCCGAUGGAGUGUACUACGAUAAUCUCUACUACGCGCUCGUGGACACCAUGAACGCGGCGCUGGAGAAGAGCACCGCCACAAUGUUCUCUACGGAGCAGAACGGGCCCAAGAAACCCCCGCCGCAGGUUGGCGGGGGAGAGACCGGCGUUCCAACGGAGGGACAACCAGGGCGUGCCAGUAUCGAGGGAGAGGGUGAUGCGACUGCCAGUAUCGAGAAUGCGAGGAUCUAUAACAAUAAUUUGGUUCGGGUUGUCAAGAAUGGAACGCCCAGGAGGCCUAACAGCCCCAUCGAAACCUACAUAUUUGCUAUGUUUGAUGAGAAUCAGAAGCCCGGCGACGACAUUGAGAGGCAUUUCGGCCUCUUCUCUUCUGACGGCCAGCCUAAAUACACAGUCGAUUUUAACUAGAUGCCUACUUUCGCAAUCCUUAAUUAAAAAUAUACAAGCCCGUUUGCUACUUCUGUACUUGCCUCUUUGUUUGUUUCAACUGUGUAACACACGUGCGUGCGCUCGUGUCGUAAUAAUAAAUGAGUUGUUGAUUGAA